AUGAAAAAGUAUGGGGUCAUCCACAAAGUCUCCACAGCCUAUCAUCCUCAAACUAAUGGGCAAGCAGAAGUGUCCAACAGGGAGUUCAAGUGGAUCUUGGAGAAAGGGGUUAACCCACAGCAGAAGGAUUGGAGUUCCAGAUUGGGAGAUGCACUAUGGGCAUAUAGGACCGCUUACAAAACCCCAAUCGGAAUGAGUCCCUUUCGUAUUAUUUUUGGGAAGCCUUGUCAUCUUCCUGUUGAAAUCAAACAUAGAGCCUAUUGGGCGGUGAAGAAUUGCAAUCCGGAUUUGAAGGGAGCAAGGAUGGAACAUAAGCUCCAAUUGGAGGAAUUAGAGUGUCUUAGGAUAGAAGCAUAUGAGAAUUCCCAGUUUUACAAGGAGAAAGCCAAGACAUUCCAUGACCAAAAUAUUAGGAGUAAAAGUUUUAAGAUAGGUGAUGAAGUGCUUGUGUACAAUUCGAGGUUGCAAUUGAUGCCCGGGAAGUUGAGAUCUAGAUGGGAUGGUCCAUUCAAGGUGGUGGAUGUCAAGCCUUAUGGAGUGGUGGAAGUGAUUCCCCCUAUCAAUGGGAUCAAGUUUAAAAUCAAUGGUCAUAGGGUGAAACUCUAUCACACUCGACCUAAGAAUGCCAAGGAGUUGGAUAUUUUCCUCCUUGGAGAAGUUUCAAGUGACCAAUGA